GUGCCGCCGAGCAGGUUAGUGUGCUCGUGUUAUGUGUCAGCCCAGGCGGUAUUGACAAUAGGCUGAGAGGAAGCAGCAUCCAGGACCUAAUGGUGGAAUGUCACAUCGCCACACGCCGUCGUCUCUAGCGUGUUGUUGUUGAUGGGACUUUGAGGGACGCGGGAGCUGACUUUGGCUGCCGGAGGCCGACAUUGAGCCGCUGUUUCCGCCGCUGCUCGCACCGAGCUGGAGGUAGCCCCCCCCCGCACUUAGCUUCCCCAAACAUAGGAUAACUCCUAACCGCCGUCUGCGUUGCGACCAGCAGAGGAUCAAGGUAAAGUACCUCCAUUGGAGCGGGACUGUGGGACGGUGCGUGUCCAGCCCAUCGCCCGGUCAGUCUGUCGGCUCUCGCUAGCAGCGUUAGCACUGCCUGUGUAUUUUCGCCUGGGAUGAUGGGUGAUCGCCCGAACCCGCCCAGCAGGGCUAUGUCCUCGGCAGCCACCACACCUCCAUCUGUGGACAAAGUGGACGGAUUUUCCCGGAAGUCUGUCAGGAAGGCCAAGCAGAAGCGGUCACAGAGUUCGUCCCAGUUCCGCUCUCAGGGCAAACCCAUCGAGCUCACACCUUUGCCGCUGCUAAAGGACGUACCGGCCCCGGAGCAGCCUGAGCUGUUCCUCAAGAAGCUGCAGCAGUGCUGUACGGUCUUUGACUUCAUGGACACGCUGUCAGACCUCAAGAUGAAGGAGUACAAGCGGUCCACACUCAACGAGCUGGUGGACUACGUGACCGUCAGCCGGGGCUACCUGACAGAGCAGGCCUACCCUGAAGUCGUCAAAAUGGUGUCUCACAACAUAUUCCGGACCCUUCCGCCCAGCGACAGUAACGAGUUUGACCCGGAGGAGGACGAGCCCACGCUCGAGGCCUCCUGGCCUCACUUACAGUUGGUAUACGAGUUCUUCAUCCGCUUCUUGGAAAGUCAGGAGUUCCAGCCCAGCAUUGCCAAAAAGUACAUUGACCAGAAGUUUGUCCUCCAGCUCCUGGAGCUGUUCGACAGUGAGGAUCCUCGGGAGAGAGACUACCUGAAAACCGUCUUGCAUAGAAUCUACGGCAAAUUCCUGGGUCUGAGGGCUUUUAUACGAAAACAGAUCAAUAAUAUUUUUCUACGUUUUGUUUAUGAGACGGAGCACUUCAACGGGGUGGCUGAGUUGCUGGAGAUCCUGGGCAGUAUAAUCAACGGCUUCGCUUUGCCGCUGAAGGCGGAGCACAAACAGUUUCUGGUCAAAGUGUUGAUCCCGCUCCACACGGUCCGCAGCCUGUCGCUCUUCCACGCACAGUUGGCGUAUUGCAUUGUACAGUUCCUAGAGAAAGAUCCGACAUUAACAGAACCAGUCAUUAGAGGCUUGCUGAAGUUCUGGCCUAAAACCUGCAGUCAAAAAGAAGUGAUGUUUCUAGGCGAGCUGGAGGAGAUCCUGGACGUCAUAGAACCUACACAGUUUGUCAAGAUCCAGGAGCCGCUCUUCAAACAGAUCUCCAGAUGCGUCUCCAGCCCACACUUCCAGGUGGCCGAGCGAGCGCUGUACUACUGGAACAACGAGUACAUCAUGAGUCUGAUCGAGGAGAACUCCAGCGUCAUCCUGCCCAUCAUGUUCGCCAACCUCUAUCGCAUCUCCAAAGAACACUGGAACCCGGCCAUUGUGGCGCUGGUCUACAACGUCCUGAAGGCGUUCAUGGAGAUGAACAGUACUUUAUUCGAUGAACUCACAACCACUUACAAGUCAGACCGCCAGCGCGAGAAGAAGAAGGAGAAGGAGCGCGAGGAGCUGUGGAAGAAGCUGGAGGACUUGGAGCUGAAGCGAGGCCUUAGGAGCGACGGCAUCAUCCCGACUUAACGAAGACGGCGCCGAACAACCCCCCCCAUGCCCCGCCCCCUCUCCUCUCACCCCCUCCCCCCUACAGCCCCUCCCCCUUCACAUCAGCCAUGUCUGCCCAGAGCUCCAAAAAGAGGUUCCCUGCUGAAGUCCAUCCUGUGUGGAUCCAUACGGAGCACCCGCUGGUCUGGUCUUUGUUUUUCUUUCUUUUCUUUCUCCUCCUGUGUUUGUGCCACUUACUUUACAGUAGAUCCAUCACGUCUCUUCUCACUCUUUCAACACUGUAAAUAAGUUUUUUGGUUCCUUUUUUUUUUUUUUUUUUUUCCCC